AUGAAGAAAUAUAUAGUAUUUUUUGCACUCUUGUUGAUUUCACACCAAAGUUUGUGUUCUAGUGACAGACUAAAAAAUAUAGUCGCUGGAUAUGGUAAACUUAUUGAAGCAAAGGAACAGGAAUUACAAACACUGGAGUCGCAGAUCAACGACUCGUUGAAAAAACUGGAUGAUAUCAAGUUAAAUAACGCCAAUGUCAUGGAAUUGGAUCGGCUAAGAAGCGAACUUUUACAAAAAGAGGAACUUCUUCGGGUCUGCGAAGGCAGCAUUAAGAAUCAGGAAACCAGUUCUGCCUUCUGGAAUACAAUGAAAGAUAUAGUGAAGCCCAAGCUGAAGGAAAAAUUAAAAGAUUUGAAAGCUGACGAACUGGCUACCAAUGCCACAACCGCAUGGGAAACAAUAAAGGAUAACUGGAAGGAUAUACCCCGCCAGAUUGUAGUUUAUUUCACUGAGCAUUAAAAAUAAAACGUAUAUAUUUUUU